AACACAUGAUACGUUGCAGCAGUUCGCUUGUCGUCGGAGGUACUACAGCUGAACACAUUUCCCUCAUUACGAAAUCUAAUUACUCGGCUGUUUGGCCUCGGUUCGAAAGGCCAGGUGAGUCUCCCGCCCCCCGCCUCCCGCCGUCGUUCGCCGCUCGCCGGUCCAUAGUACUCCAUAGUAAGGGCCGCCCGUAGCAACAGCGGCCGGCCGCGAGUAGUCGCCGUACGGUGCUGCCACCUGACGGUCCCGCCAAAAAGCCAGCAGAAGCGCCCGCGCUCGGGUGUGCUGCGUCGGUUUCCGAGCGGACGCGUCACUCGAGUUCGCGAGCUCCUGCGUGGUGGACGUGCGCGCGCUCGCUCUCCAGCAGACCGGCGGCUCGCGGAUACGAUUGUGAUUUUACUCCAUACUGUUUGUUGGGUGGUGUUUGGUGUUAUUCGGUGGUUUCUUCUGGUUAUGCUGUUUUGAAGUAAUGAACUUAACAUCGGACAUCAUGGGUGACUGGAGCAUUCGUGAAGAUUUCUGCAUGGACGACCUGAACACAGUGGUGAAGGUGGAGGAUCUGUCGGCCAUCGACCCGUACCCGUUCUACCCGAUUCUGGACGGCGCCGGCGACAUGUGUACCGGAAAGCCGGGCGACGGCUGCGACGUGUGCGGCCCGACCGAGACCCACCUGAGCAGCCUCGGCAUGAUCCCGUGUCACACGCAGCUGCCUCUGCUCGAGUGGUCCGACGUCGAGGACCAGCUCGGUGAGCCAGAGCAGGACGAGAUGCGCUGCGUCAACAUCAACCAGAUCUUCAACAUGGCCGAGAAGGCCGCGCCCCAGGAUAAAGUGAUUGUCGAGCACACGGACAAAGUGAUCAGUGACUGCAUGUGGAGCAGCAGCAGUGCCCACCGCCUGGACAUGUCCGAUCUGGGCACCUCGCCGCUGCCGGCGCUCAGUGUGGAGAGCGAUGUGGGCUUCGGCCGGCCCGACACUCCGCAGACCGAUUCGGAGUCGCAUUUCACGGACAGUGAUGACCUCAUCCAGCGCGUGCCCAAGGAGGAGAGUAUCGAGCGGAGACUCUCUCCCGUGCCCGAAAAGCCGGCCGCGGCGGUGAGCAGUGGUCGCAGUCUGCUGAAGCGCAAUCAGUUCAGUGUGAAGGUGGCGCGCGCGCCCCUGCGCCCCGAGUCCAAACCGGCGCUCCCUUCACCGAGUGGCGACAGCAGUUACUCGGGCGAUCACAGCUACUCGGCGACCAACUGCAUCGGCAUCCUCACACCGUCUCCGUCACCGUCAGAGUCCAGUUCAGAGGACGACAACAACAGCGACGCGCGCACGGGCCGGCACCACGCGCGGCGGCGCGCGCCCGUCGACUCGCAGGCGCUGCAGGAGAGGCUGCUGCACCGGCCGCUCAAGGCGCGAAAGCGCACCACUGGCGCCAUGAAGUACCGCUCCGACCGGUGUCGCAUGCCCUCCGAUGACGACCAGGCGCCGCCGGAGCGGCGCAACAACCACAACAAUAUGGAGCGGAUGCGGCGCGACCUGCUGCGCGGAGCGCUCAACAGCCUGCGCCGUCUGGUACCCGACACAGCCGGCAACGACAAGGCGCCCAAAAUCACCGUGCUCCGCGAAGCGGCCAAGUACUGCCUGAUGCUGCGCAGCAAAGAGGAGAUGCUCAACAAGCAGAAGCGACGACUGGAGGAGCAGCGGGCGACGCUGCAGCGGCGACUCGAGCUGCUGCAGCGCAACGUCUGCCACUGAGCCGGCAGUGCGCCCGCGGCCGUGGCCUGGACUCGAAUCAAUUUCACAUUGCGGUGGUCCCGGCAGAGGAGCGAGGGCGAGGACAGUGUUUGUGCGUCGGAGUCAGCUCAUCUCCUGUCAUUGUUCGCCUGUUCGCGCAUCACCCAUGAGACACUUGAACGGUUGGAUGGUUAGUUUGCUUUUAACGAGAAGCUUGUUUAGUUUAAGAGAGCUUGGAAGUGUGUUUUCUGUUGUUUGCUGGUGAAGGUAGUUACGUUGGUGACAAAGCCUUGCUUUUCGAGUCUUUUCGGCCCCCUUUUGUUGCUCAAGGCGCAGACUGUUCUUCGAAUUGUAGUCUCGCCAGAUUGCAGCGUUGGAAGAGCGGAGGCGGAGAGAAAUGAAGUGAACGACGUGUGUGCUAGGAUUGCACGCUUCUGUAGGCUGUAACCGGCGCGGCAGACUUGGACCGCACAGUGAGUAAUGUGGACACAGCCGGCCUCUCAGGUACACAUAGUCAUUAGCAACAAAUUUCCUGGCCCCCGUCGAAAUUCGCCCGGCGGCGCACUGACCGCCCCGGCUGCCACCCUGUAUAUACAGCUUGGUCAUGAUUUCGGUGCUGGUGAGCGUAAAAUUUGUGGUCGCUCCGGCGACGCUUUGAAUCGUUUGUUCGUGGAAGGUGGGCAUUGGCCGGCCGCGCGCGCGUGCGCCCCUGAGGUAGCUGCGACGGCCGGCCGCCCGUGUUGUGGUCGCGCGCACAAUGUGUAUGCCGUGAGUGUAUUUACAGUUAAGAGCCCGGUAGUUUUUUAUCGAUAUAUUUUGUGUGUGGUUUGUUAGUGUGCGGGGCGGCCGGCCGUGUUGGCCGGCCGGGUCCGCGCCUGUACAGACAUUGUGUGUGUGCGUGUGCGGGUGAGAUGUGUGUUCGGCAGGCCAGCCCGACCUGUCCCGUUUCGGCGCCGCCCCGCGCGUGUUCUGGCCGCCGCCCGAGGCCGGCGCGCGGGCCGCCCGGCCGCCGCGCCGGAGCGGCCCGCGCGCCCCGCCCGGCGACAUGGGACCAUUUGCCUCGCAUUUUGACGCCGCCCGGUGCUUCUUCUCGGCGCCGUCCCCAGGAACGGGCGCUAGUACAAAGCAUAGAGUAAUUAUAUUAAACACAGAGCCUGGUUCCUGGGGAGGGCGCUCAAGAUGCACCCGGAAUUGUAAACAAGCUCCGAAUCGCCGCCGCGCUAAAUUGUUUUGUGUGCCAAAUUGAACAUGUUCCUUUCGCUCCCUGGAUCGACCGUGUGCUACAUGUAAAAGACAGGAGAGUAGUACUUAGUUUUAUAUUGUGUGCGGAUAGUUGCUUUCUCGGUUGUAGAGUAGUAGCAGCAGCCCGAACGGCAUAGUUAUGUGGAGUAAAAUAUAUCACUGGAGCU